UGUGUUCAUUUGAAAGAAAAGAGAUUCAAAUGUAAUGAAGAAAAUUGUGACAAAAGUUAUGCCUCAAAAUCAGGAUUAAAUGAACACAAACGCAUACAUUUGGGAGAAAAACCAUUUGUUUGUGAUUUCAAUGAUUGUAACAUAGCUUUUAACGCAAAAUACUCUUUAUUUAAACACAAAAGUUGUGUUCAUUUGAAUGAAAGGAAAUUCAAAUGUAAUGAAGAAAAUUGUGACAAAAGUGAUAAAAUGCUCCCCAAAAGUGAUAUCAUUACUAAAUCUGAUGAUUAUUUCCACUGUUUUUGGCCUAAAUGUCAAUUCACGACAAAGACAAAACAAACUUUGACUCAACAUCAAUUAAUUCAUUCAGAAAUAAAACCAUUUAAAUGUGAUUUUAAUAAUUGUAAUAAAGUUUUUAAAUGCCAACGAACUCUUAAUAGCCAUAGAAAUGGCGUUCAUUUAAAUGUUACAUUUGUUUGUGAUUUUAAAGAUUGUAAUAAAAGUUUUCAACUAAAACAAUAUUUAAAUCAACAUAAAAAUAAUGUUCAUUUAAAUCGUGGUAAAGAAUUGCACUGUUUUUGGCCUAAAUGUCAAUAUAAAACAACAAUUAAAGGCAAUUUUAUUCAACAUAAAUUACUUCAUUCACAUAACAAGCAAUAUAAAUGUGAUUUUAAAGAUUGUAAUAAAAGUUUUACACAAAUAACAGGUUUAAUAUCUCAUAAAAAUUGGAUUCAUUUGAAUAAAAGGAGACUUAAAAGCAAUGAAUUGAUUACUAAAUCUAAUGAAUAUUUGCACUGUUUUUGGCCUAAUUGUGAUUACAAGACAACAAAUAAACAUCACUUAAAACAACACAAAAUAAUUCAUUCAGAAAAACGUGAAUUUAAAUGUGAUUUUUGUGAUCAAAGUUAUAAACGAAACGAACAAUUAGUUCAUCACAAAAAUGCCAUUUAUUUAAAUAAUAAGCAAUUUGUUUGUGAUGUCAAUGAAUGCAACAAAAGAUAUGCCCGAAAGAGAGAUUUAUUUCUUCACAAAAGUUGUGUUCAUUUCAAUGAAAAGCGAUUCAAAUGUAAUGAAGAUAAUUGUGAUAAAAGCUAUGCCUCACAAUCAGGAUUAAAUGACCACAACAUACGCAUACAUUCGGGAGAAAAAUCAUUUAUUUGUGAUUUCAAUAAUUGUAACAAAGCUUUUACCGCAAAAAACGCUUUGAUUCAACACAAAAGUAAUGUUCAUUUGAAUGAAAGGCUAAUCAAAUGUGAUUUUCCCGAUUGUAAGCAAACCUUCAAACAAACCAAUCAUUUGGUCGCUCAUAAAAAUAGCAUUCAUUUAAAACUUAGAUUUGUUUGCGAUUUCAAUGACUGUAACAAAAGUUUUGUUGAUAAAUACAGAUUAUUUCAACACAAAAAUUUUGUUCAUUUAAACGAUAAUAAAUUUAAAUGCAAUGAAGAAAAUUGCGGCAAAAAAUUUAUAUCAAAUUUAGCACUUAAUGUUCACAAACGCAUACAUUCGGGAGAAAAGCCAUUUGUUUGUGAUUUUCAAAAUUGUAACAAAGGUUUUCAUAAAGUGUCAUAUUUAAAAGACCAUAAGAGCACUCAUUUAACUGUUAAACAAUUUAAAUGUCAUUACAAGGAUUGCGGCGGAAGUUAUGUAAACAAUAAAUAUCUUCAAAGACAUGUCAGAGAAUAUCAUAAAAAA